UUUUAAAGAAUAUUGGGGCCCAAGCCCAACCGCUAUAAAUAUUCUCCUCAAAUUCGCUCGCAUCGUUCCAUCAUAAGUUGUCGUUCGCGCAACGAUUUCACCGCCAGCAGAGGAAGACCAGGACCAGGCGGCUUGUCUCUUUUUCUCAGACAUUCUGUGUUCUUUUGAUUUGGACUAAGACAUCUUUGCAGCUUCUCUUCUGAGGCUUACGGCAUUUAUUGUUUAUUUGAAGAAUUAACUUAUAUCUGGCACUAGGAGAUGGCUGAGGAAGGGUACAAGGUCACCUUAAAUGUGUAUGACCUAAGUCAAGGACUGGCUCGACAGCUCUCCACAACAUUUUUGGGAAAAGUUAUUGAGGGUAUCUGGCACACAGGAAUUGUGGUUUAUGGUAAUGAAUACUAUUUUGGGGGAGGUAUAUCUCAUGAUCCGGCUGGAACAACCCCAUAUGGAAUACCAAUUAAGGUGGUAGACUUGGGUGUCACGCAUGUGCCACGGGAUGUAUUUGAAAUGUAUUUGAAUGACAUCAGCCCACGUUAUACAGCUGAGACGUACAGUUUACUGACUCACAAUUGCAACAACUUUAGCAACGAGGUUGCUCAGUUUUUAGUGGGUACCACCAUCCCCGACUACAUCCUGCAGCUCCCCAAUGAAGUAAUCAGCAGUCCAAUGGGUGCUCUAAUCUUGCCCAUGAUACAGAAUUUGGAAACAACAUUGAAGGCGGGUGCUGUCCCUCAAGUACCACAAUUUAGACCUCCUAUGGCAGCUAAUCCUUUAUUGUCUGCGGUCACCGCUGACAAUUCUUCGGCUGGGGGUUCAUCAACUAGAGAGACACAGGUUAAAGCAGGUGACAAAGCGGAGUUUGAGAUGAAAUCAACUAAGUUGGAAGAGGUUAAAAUAUCAGAGAAAACUGAGCCACUAGCCAUAGAUGAAAAAGUUAAGUCAUCAAUGAGUGCGUCAGAUCCCCUUGGAAAUGCUCGGAGCAAGGUACAAGAGGAGAUAAGCCGUGAAUUUGCAGUGAUAAUGGCCACUGGGACGUUGCGCGCGAAUGAGGCUGCGGCACUUGCCACAAAGAGAGUGAUGCAACGAUAUGGGCAUCUGAAUGUUGCAAUGCCUCAAGGUUAGGGGAACAAAUAUAUGUAAUUCUUUGAAGGAGUUAUGACUCUGUUGAAAUGUGGACCUUAGAGUUGGUUAUAAUGGUGGUUUUACAAUCCGACUUCAUCUAUGCUUUUUUACAUUUUUUGAAUUCCUUUCCAGAAGGGACUGGUGUGGGAAUAAGGCACUUUAGAUUUUGUAUUUCUAGCUGGUCGAACUGUGAAAGAUCCUUGAUUCAGUAUUUUUAGAAUUUAAAACCACGAAUUUGAUAUAUUGGA